ACACGUCAUACCACCCGUCUUGCCUACUCUACAAGGUUCCAUCCAAAAAAGGUACCGGAACUCCGUUCUAGGCCUUCUAUAAGAAAAAAAAAGCCCUGUGUCUCUGGCAAUAAAUGCAACCAAAUAUAGCCAUAAUUCAGCGGUCAGUUGCUCGAAAUGUCACUCAAGCUUUUCAAAGUGGACCGACCGACGCAUUUCAAAAGCGCCUGGUUUCCGCGAAGUUAUUUUGUUGGCGGUGAUGGUUGCUGGAAGGUAGUAUUUUUUUGAUUAGGAAGGAGCUAAUCUGGGUGGGUAAGACUUUUUUCCAUUCUGUUCCCCUGCAACAGAAGAGACAAGCCGCAGAAGAAUCCGUCCCGCCGCUCAGCAUCUCUUUUGCGCCUCCACAGGACGGACCAGAGUGACAACAUCUCCCCUCCAAUCCCCGCCAAGCAAAGCCGGGAGGCGAGGGGCGGGCUAACCGGAGGCUUCGGCCACGCCCUCUAAACCGGAAGAAACCGGCUCGGCCAUUCAAAACGGCGUCACCGCCGCAGCUGCCUUCUGAGGCGGAUUUGUUCCUUUCUUUUACCCGGCAUUGCUGGCGCUGCCUUCUUUCUUUUGCCUGUGAGCCUCAAGCCGGCCGGGGAAGUCGCCUUUCCCACUGCAUGAUGACCGACUUCGGCGGCGGCGAAGCACCCCAUCAGGGAGAACUAUCUGCUCGCGGGGUCCGCAUCGCUGAAGGCUGCGUGGGGCUCCUGGACAGAGGCUUCGAUAGGUAUCUCGACGACCCUUUUGACGCGGACCAAAACCCUCAGGGCAUUUUGAAUUUUGGAACAAGUGAGAACAAGCUUUGUUUUGAUUUACUACAGGAAAGGCUUUCGAAACCUGACAUGAAUUAUUUGGAGCCUCAUUUACUCCAGUACUCGGAUACCCAAGGCAUUAAAAGCUUCCGAGAAGAAAUUGCCAAAUUUCUUACUGAAUAUGCAAAUGCUUCAGUACCACUAGAUCCAGAACAUAUUAUUGUGAUGAAUGGCUGUUGCGCUGUCUUUGCAACUCUUUCAACUGUGUUGUGUGAUCCUGGAGAUGGAUAUCUAAUUCCAACUCCAUAUUAUGGUGGCAUAAAUUCCAAAACUUGGCUAUAUGGUGGGAUGCAACCUGUUCAUGUACCAUUAUUCAGUGAGGUAGCUGACGAAGGAAGCCAACCUUUUCAACUAACAGUUGACAAAUUAGAAGCUGCGUACCAGGGAGCCAGGGGAAAGGGCGUCCGAGUCAGAGCAUUAAUCCUGAUCAACCCUCACAAUCCAUUAGGGGACAUUUACCCAGCAGAGUUACUGAAAGAAUGUCUAGAGUUUGCGCACAGGUAUGAGUUACAUGUAAUAAUGGAUGAAAUUUACAUGCUGUCAGUAUAUGGUGAUACCACAUUCACAAGCAUCCUUAGCUUAAAGAGUUUACCAGAUCCAGACCGGACUCAUUUUAUGUGGGGAUUUAGCAAGGAUUUUGGCAUGUGUGGUAUUCGAGUUGGAGUAUUAUACACCAGAAAUCAUUACAUUAGGAAAGCAGUUAAUCAGCUUGUGGUUUUUCAUGGGUGUUCUGGUCCUGUACAGCAUGUUCUCCAACAAAUCCUUAAAGACAGAGACUGGCUGGAUAAUGUCUUUUUCCCAAUACAUAAAAAAAGGUUAAAAGAAGCUCAAAACAUUCUCAUAGAUGGUCUUGCAAAUGUUGGAAUACCUGUUUUUAAAAGCUCAGGAGGUUUAUAUGUGUGGGCUGAUUUCAGGAAGUUUUUAAAAACACAGACAUUUGAAGCUGAAAUCGAUUUAUGGAGGAAGAUUCUUGAUGAAAAACUUCUUAUUAGUCCUGGGAAGGCCUUCUGCUGUUAUGAACCUGGAUGGUUUAGAAUAGUUUUCUCAGAUUCUGUAGAUAAGAUUAUUUUGUGCAUUCAGAGACUUCAACAAUUGCUUUUUGACAAAAUGGAUGAACCUGUUACUCUUUGUUCAUCUCCUGAAAGAAACACAUGUAUUGAGCCAGAAGACAAUGUUUCGGCUAAUGUCAUAAAUACACCAGUGGAUGAUAUGUCAGAGGGUUAUUCACAGCUAAAGAAAAUAGCUGUUUUCUAAGAUCUGUACUGCUAACACAAAUAACCUGUUUUUCUGUAUCAUGUGACUCCCUUUCCUCUUUAUAUAAUCUGAAUAUAGCAUUUACCUUGUAGUUUGUAAUUUAUGGUUAUUAAUUUAAUAUCAGGACUAUUACAUCUGAGAAUGAUGGACUUCCUUAAAGUUCCUCUUAAUUGAAGUAUUUUUUUUCCUUAUUGCAUGCUGAGGUAAAUUAUAUUGGAAAGCAACCGA